AUGGCCACCUCCCAAUCGCGGGCAAUCGGAACGCUGGCGCGGAAAUUGCGUCUCUCGCAUCGCGCGUUCAGUGCAUCGAGCCGAUGCUUCGAAGCCGCGGCGCCCAUCAGCGCCAAACCCGAGCUGGAGAUUACACAAGCCCAGCCAAAGGAAGUUGGCCAGGCGCCGAACCGAGCAGACGUCUGGUCUCGGAACCAAAGGCCCAGGUCUCAGGCCAUGACGGGCCCGCGCUUCGAGCAGACGACGUUUGAUCUGCAGCCUCAACCUCUUUCCGCCAUGGAGAUGGUGCACAAGGUACCCGUCAGCUGGACGCACGACCGGAUGGUCACCUGCGACGGUGGCGGCGGAGCUGGCGGCCACCCGAGGAUCUUCAUCAACACGGACAAACCCGAAAUUGCCGUCUGCAACUACUGCGGCUCACCCUUUGCCAAUGAACACCACAGAAAGCACCUCGAGUCCCUCCCGCAGACGUCCUAUCCUUUGUAG